UCGACUCUUUUCACCAUCAGAUUCAUUGAAAGAUGGAGAUUGACUCGACAACAGCUUCCUACGUGCCUCCGCCGACUCAAGUAGCGUAUGUCCUAUGUGCUGAUUGUGGAACCGCCAUUGAACCUAAUACCGCUGGUCUCUGUGUCAACUGUCUUCGUAACACGGUCGAUAUUACAGAAGAGAUACCUAAGCAGACUGCCCUCAGUUUUUGUCGUAACUGUUCACGUUAUCUUUCACCUCCGCAAACAUGGUUAUUGGCCGAACUUGAAAGCAAGGAGUUACUUGCGAUCUGUCUUCGAAGGCUUAAAGGUUUGACCAAAGUCAGACUCAUUGAUGCAGGAUUUAUAUGGACAGAACCUCACAGUAAGAGGUUACGCGUUAAGCUCACUAUCCAGAAGGAGGUAUUAGCUUCAACUAUACUUCAGCAGAUCUUUGAAGUAGAAUACAUUGUUCAACACACUCAGUGUCCUACCUGUUGUCGUUUGGCUGCUAAAAACAUGUGGCGCGCCUUAGUCCAAGUUCGUCAAAAAGUCGACCACAAGCGAACUUUUUUGUACCUCGAACAGCUCAUCCUUAAGCACAGUGCCGAUAAAGAUACAGUUGGAAUCAAAGAAUCCAAGGAUGGUCUUGAUUUUUUUUAUGCUACCAGACAACAUGCGAUCAAAAUGGUGGAAUUCUUAUCGGCCAUCACACCUGUACGAAGUAAAACUAGUGAACAACUUAUCUCAGCCGAUGAAAAGAGUUCAACAGCAAAUUAUAAAUUCACUUAUUCCGUAGAACUAGUUCCGAUCUGUAAAGAUGAUAUAGUUUGUUUACCUGCAAAGUUGGCUAGAUCACAAGCCAACGUGGCUCAAAUCUUAGUUUGUACCAGGGUGGGCACAUCAGUUCAUUUAGUCGAUCCUAUUACACUUCAAGCGAUCGAUUUACAAGGACCGGUAUAUUGGAGGAAUCCCUUUCCGCCAUUAGCAUCCGUCUCGAACUGUAUAGAGUUUGUCGUCUUGGACAUCGAGCCAACUUGUCAUCCACCUAAACAUGUUGGCAAGUUCUACCUCGCUGACGCUCAAGUAUCUCCGGUGACAUCUUCUAUGGGAGAUGAUGCGAUCUUCCAUACUCGCACACAUCUAGGUGGUAUAUUGAGGCCCGGUGAUACUGUAUUAGGCUACCAUCUUGCCAACUCGAAUUUCAACGAUACCAACUUCGAGCUUAUGAAAUCAGAUCGAAUUCCUGAAGUCAUCCUGGUCAGAAAGACGUAUCCAAACAGACGAAAGAGAAACAGGACGAGAAACUGGAAGUUGAGGUCGAUUGCUAAAGAAGCUCAAGAUGCACCUGAAGAUCAUGCUGGAUUAGGUCGAGCAAAAGUAGAAGCUAAGAAAGGUUCAAGAGGAAUGGCAGACCAAGCAAAGGUAGAAGCCGAAUAUGAAUUAUUCUUAAGAGAUCUAGAAGAAGAUCCAGAAUUAAGACAAAACGUUCAAUUAUUUAAAGCUGAACCGAAGCAGAAGAAGAUGGCAAUUGAUUCGAUGGAGAUUGAAGGAGAUGCUGAAUCAGUGGUAGAAACGGAAAUGGAUGAAGAUGAUGAUUUCCCUAAGAUUCAAUUAGAUGAAUUACUUGAUGAGAUGGAAGCCUUGAAGAUUAGAGAAGAAGCUUUAGCUGAAGUAGAUGAAGUAGUAGAGGAAGAAGAGUGAUCAAGAUAUCUCAUUUGAUUUGGGGUUUUACUUUUUGAGCUUCUUAUACUCUUCAAUACAUAACAUUCUGUUGGUAAACAAAAUGCAUUUUGUAAUGAAGCACUAUUGACAGCUAACAAGCUCAUUGUGACGCUUUUGUUCAAGUCUUUUUUGAUGUUUGUUGGUCUUCAAAAAUGUCUUGAUUGAAAGUGCAUUCAUGUUUAAUGUUGUGUGUGCCCUGCUAAAAUAUAGCUAUGCUAUAAUCUC